AUGACCGUCUUCUGCGACGAGUGCGAACAGACCUUCAUCAACCGUCGCCGAUAUCGGCUUCAUCUCCCUUCUCAUCGCAACCCCAAACCACGCGUAUCAACAACUAUACGCAUCCACCCUCAUCUGAAUGGUCGCAUCUGUGAUGCUGAUGGCAACUUUCUGGCCAAUGGUACCCCACCACCCCCACGCGAGAAGCUUGAGAGCUUUGGCCCGUUUGAACGGCGUGCUCAUUUUGAGUUUGCGGAGGUCAACUACGAAGAGGCUGAUCUCGCGCGCGCAAAAGUGGACAAGCUUCUGCGUAUAUGGGCUGCGGAAAAUGUCCUAGGGAAGUCGGGUAAGCCGCCAUUCAAGGAUUACGACGAGAUGGUCGCCGCAAUCGAUGCCCUCCCUUAUGGCGAUAACGCCUGGUACUCAUUCACCCUGCGUUGGGAUGGCCCAAUUGAAGAUGAUGCUCCUGCUUGGAAGCGCCGCGUGUACACAAUAUACGCACGCAACCCCCUUACGACGUUCGAGAACCAGCUUGCAAAUCCGGCGCUCAAGAACAAGUUUGAUCACGCGCCCAUGCGGGAGUAUACCAGCGACCAUCAAAUUCGGUACUCUAAUUUCAACACCGGCCGUUGGGCGUGGCGAGAAGCGACAAAGAUAGCCGCGGAUCAGGCCACACAUGGCGCAAUGCUCGUAGCUUCCAUUCUCGGAGCAGACAAGACCACCGUCUCGGUUGGCACCGGCGACCAGGAAUUCCACCCGCUGUAUGCGUCUGCAAGCUGUUUUCAUAAUGAUGUGCGCCGAGGGCACUCGGACGUACUGGCUCCCAUUGCUUUCCUUGCAAUCCCCAAAGGGACCACUGCAGAUGAUACAGAAGAGUUCCGCAUAUUCAAGAAGCAGUUGUACCACGACUCGAUCGCCCGCAUUCUUCAGCCGCUCAAAUCGCAUAUGAUAACCCCGCGCGUCACACUUUGCCCGGACGGCCACUAUCGAAAGGUCAUCUAUUCAUUGGGGCCGUUUAUCGCGGACUAUCCCGAACAGGUUUAUCUAACAGGCAUCGUCAGUGGCUGGUGUCCCAAAUGCAUGGCCGACUUGACCGAAUCGGAUCACGGUCGAACGCGCACGCCCGAGUUCACCGAGCAUCUCUGUAACAUGUACGAUGAUGAUCCCAAUCUUCUAUGGGAUGCAUUUGGGAUUGCCCCUGGUGUUACUCCCUUCACCGAGCAUUUCCCGCGUGCCAACAUUCACGAACUCCUGGCGCCAGACCUCCUGCAUCAGGUCAUCAAGGGCACUUUCAAGGAUCACCUUGUCGAGUGGGUCCUUGCGUAUAUCCGCGGUAACAAUAGCAAGGACCGUGCUGCUGAGAUCAUCGCUGAUAUUGAUGAACGUCUGCGCUGCUGUCCUGCCUUUCCCGGCCUGCGCCGCUUCAAGCAAGGCCGUAACUUCAAACAAUGGACGGGAAAUGAUUCAAAGGCACUCAUGAAGGUUUUUCUUCCGGCAAUCGUUGGCUAUGUGCCUGUCAAGGUCGUGCAGGCAAUUCGUUCUUUCAUGGACUUUUGCUACAUUGCGCGCUUGUCAUCUCAUAGCGAGACGACUCUCGCCAAGCUGGAAAGUGCGCUUCGCGACUUUCAUGAUCUCCGCGAAGUGUUCCGCGAGGAGGAUAUACGCGAUCACUUUGCGCUUCCACGCCAGCACGCGCUCGUUCAUUACGCAGAGUGCAUACGCUUAUUUGGCGCUCCGAAUGGUAUAUCGACGUCCAUAACAGAGUCCGCACACAUUCGGGCCGUCAAACGGCCAUGGCGACGCUCGAACCGCAACAAUCCGCUGCCGCAGAUCCUCAAAACAAACGAGAGGAUGUCCAAGAUGCGUGCGUCACGCGAGGAGUUUGCCAGUCACGGACUCUUCCGCGGUGGCGACGUACUGGAGGCUGCACUGCUGACUGUGGCCAUCGAGAGCGGCGAGAUAUCCACGCCCGAACCAUCGAGUGAGGACCUCUCCGGAGAGGAGACCGAUCUCGACACACUCUCAGACGGAGAUCUUUCUGACGGCGAGCUCCGUUCCCGCCGGCGACAGCGGCACCGCGGCGCGAAGUCGAGCUUAGCAUUCGCGCUCUACAAUCCCGAUAGCAGUGACUCGGAGGAUGAGCAGGAUCGGGACGAACGCCACGAUGCGGAUGUAGGUUCCAGUGGGAGCAUGGAGCCACAGCCUCCCUCCAUAACAUUGUCGCGAAAGUACAAUCACUCGCGCAAGAUUUUCCGCUUGAAGCUCAAACCCCGCAUCAAGGCCGCGCUGCCGCAUCUCAUUCGCCGACACAUCCACCAGAGACUACAUGCCGAUGACAGUGAAGCAGAUACCGACAGCUCCGACGAACCCAUGGAUCUCGAGGAUCUUCCGGACUUCCACGGUAAUGUUGCUGUACAUACCAGUGCUAGGGCUCUGUUCUACGCUCCCAGUGAACUGGGUGGACCUGGUGGGAUGCAUUCGGAGAUCAUCCGCAGCACACCACGCUGGUAUGGGAAAUACGAACGGCGCGAUACCGUGUUAGUUCAGGUCCACGACGAGGACGAUUUGAUGGGUGGCAUGCUUGUCGCUCGCGUAUUGGCUUUCAUCUCGUUCAAGUAUCAUGGUAUCCCCCACUCGUGUGCUGUCGUCGAGUGGUUCGAACCUGCAGCAGACCUCCCUGACGCAGCCACAGGCAUGUGGGUUGUCAAGCCUGAGAUAGAGGGCAAUGAGCGCCCGAUUGACCUUAUUGAUACGGACUCCAUUGUUCGCGCCUGCCACCUUGUACCCGCAUAUGGACACUCUCCGGUACCCGACGGGUUCCAUUUCGCAUUCGCACACCUCGCCUACAGCUCCUACUACUUAAACAAGUACUCUGAUUACCAUACAUAUGAGACAUAUCCCCUUUCUUGA